GAAAUAUGUGAUCAAGAAUUUAACCGUUGUGAGCGACCGAAAGUUAUCAGUUCAACAAGCGAGCUGUGUCUGGACCUCAGGACAAAGCUGUCAGUGCAAGUCUUGUUUAUGAACAAGCAAAAACCUCUCUCCAGCCUCACAAUGCUGCACCUCUUUCUUCUGGCACUGGGGAUAACUCAGGUGACAGGCGAGGUAACUGCCACCAUCUCAUCACACUGGCAAGGAGGUUUUCAGGGGAAAGCCUGCCUUCCGGUGGAGAAGGAGAUGCACGGUUGGAAAAUCAGAUUGGUCUUUGAUCAACCUGUCAGCUCUCUAGAGGUGUACACGUCAGAGGUGGUGGAGAAGAGUGCCAACAACCAGGAGUAUGUGUUGGGCAACAAGGCGUGGAACGCCGAGGAACACGUGGGCGACACGCUGUGUGUCGAGUUCCAGGGACACAGUAGCGGCGACAUCAGCCCUGUGAUAACGGCUUACUUUGAAGGAGAAGCAGGUCCUCGUGCAACCAGUGGCCCAGGACCCACCAGCGGUCCUGGAACACAAGUGGACACAACUCCUGCUCCAGAGGUCAAGUUGAAACACCUCUGGGGGAAGGCAUCGUGGCGCCGUUGAAAAUAAUCAACGACUGGGGAGAUCGGUUCCAGGGAGGCUUCUCCUUCCCUGUGGCUGAGGACAUCCACGGCUACAUGGUCAACGUCACCUUCAGCAGCCCGGUCACGCGCAUGGAUAUCUCCAACGCCGAGCCGCUGAGCCCUCAACAGACAACUUGCACUGGGUGUUGGUCAACAAGCCCACCUUCGCCGAUGUCCCUAAAGGCACCUUCGAGCUGGACUUCUAUGGGUCCAGGAGCGAGAGCACCACCAAGCUGACCGGUCAGGCUGUCCUCGUUGACCUCGGACACGACAAGCAGAAUGUCGUCUGCCCCCCGAACUCGGCCAACUCCAAGUACAACUACGACUGUGUCCUCAUGAGUCCAUCCUCUUCUACGAGGCGCAGCGCUCGGGCAAACUUCCGGCCAACAACCGCAUCCCCUGGCGAGGUGACUCCGCCCUCAAUGAUGGAGAUGGCGG